ACCCUCAUCAUAGCAGCAGAUUAAUCACGUGCCCCGCGCGCCCGUCGUGGCAUUACGGCGAGGUUAGGUGGGCGACGGGGCCUCGCCAAUGAUUUUCUGCUGCGCGUUGCUCGCAGCAGAGGGCCAAGCGCCGCUGGAGCAACGACGGGGCGUGCCAUGGCGGCGGUGGGGGGGCGGUCAACGCAGCAUAUCUCCGUUGGCCGUUGCAGAAUCGGUUUCGUGGUGCGAGCGUCGCUGCUACCCCGGAUGGACGCGGUGCAGGCAGAGCUCGUGCAGGGGGGUGGGGCGCGUCGGAUGAUAGGCGUCGUUGUAGCGCGGCGAACGGCGCAGUGCGCUGGAACAGCGGCCACUGCGAGACUGCGAGCAUCCUUGGGUGAGCGGCACUGCAACUUGCGUCGGUCAUGCCCCCAGUCACCAAGUGCAUAAGGCCCCUCGCUGUCUCGCUGCUCCACUCGCACUACCCACCUCGCGCUCACACGCUCAACGCCAAGUUUGCAGCUAUCACCCCAUCGUUGCAGCUACACGCAUCGCUACUGACAGACUCCGUUCUUCGGAAGACACAGCUGAAGCCAUGGCCACGCAAUGCGCUGCGGUGUCACGAGCAGCAGACAGAAUAGAGCCCUGGGAGCAAUGCAGCACUGCCGUCCAGGGGGGCACGCACGGCGCCGCCAUGCAGUGCGCCAUCGAUCAUUCCCCGCAACCCGCGCUCAGGCCGUCGCCGGGCAGCCCGGCUGACGUCACCCUCGACUGCGACUUCGCCGCGUGCGACCGCGUGCUGCCGUUCGCGACGGCACCGCUGGAGGCGGCAUACGCGGUGGCGCGGGAGGAGCUCGGGCGGGGGGAGUUCGGCGUGGUGCGCGCGUGCAUGGCGCGCGGGAGCGGGCAGGUGCUGGCGUGCAAGUCGGUGGAGAAGGCGCGGGUGCGCGGGGAGCGGCGGGGCGACCUGGAGAUGGAGCUGCUGUGCAUGGGCGCGCUGCCCCCUCAUCCGCACAUCGUGCGCCUGGCGAGCGUGCACGAGGACGCGCGCCACGUGCACCUCGUCAUGGACCUGUGCCGCGGCGGCGACCUCUUCGACCUCAUCGCGCGCGCCGGCCGCCUGCCCGAGCGGUGCGCGGCGGCGGUGUUCGCGCAGGCGGUGAGCGCGGUGGCGUGGUGCCACGCGCACGGCGUGCUGCACCUGGACGUCAAGCCCGAGAACCUGCUCCUCCACGGGCCCUCCGCCGCGCCGCUGCUCGCCGACCCCCACAGCGCGGCGGCGGCGCUGGCGCACGUGACGGUGAAGCUGGCGGACUUCGGGCAGGCCGUGGCAGUGCGGGCGGGCGAGAAGGCGGUGGGGCUGGCGGGGUCGUCGCUGUACAUGGCGCCCGAGGUGGUGUGCCGCCGCGCGUACGACGGCAAGGCGGACAUGUGGAGCCUGGGCGUGCUGCUGUACGUGAUGCUGGCCGGCUAUGUGCCCUUCUGGGCGCCCGACCUGCCGCACACCUUCCUCGCCAUCUGCAGCAACGAGCCCGACCUCACGGGCGAGCCCUGGGAUACUGUGUCCGCCGAGGCCAAGCACCUCAUCCGCUCCCUGCUCUCCGUCGACCCCGACUCACGCCCCUCCGCCGCGCACCUGCUCUCCCACCCCUGGCUCGCCAACAGGGUGCCGGCUGCUGUCCCUGCUGCUGCGGCAGCCGAGAAGCAGAGAGAUGCGGCGAGUGCAGCCAUGGCGGAGAUGCUGGCCCCUCUGGCGUGUGCCGCCGCCUCCUCCGCCUCCACCAGCCCUGCCUGCCCAUCCCUUGAUGCUGCCUCCAUGUCAUCGCCGGCUGACUCGUCCGCGUCUCCCAUGGCUCACUCACAACUCGCCUGUGGGUCACACUCAAGCAGCCAUGGGACGUUGAUGGAGCUGGGGGGGUGCAUGGGCAGCCACUUGAUGGACACUGCACGGAGCAGACGUACAGCACGGAGAACAAGCAGACGGAUCCCUCAAACAAGUGUAAAAACGGGCCUGAACACUAAUUGCUGAAACGCACACAAAAACGAAAGAUAAAAGUGUAUUUACGAAUAUGUACGAAAUGUAUCGUCUGUAAAAGGGCUGAUACGUCUAGCAUUUCAUUGAACGAGCUUAAUCUUUAGAGAUUAUUAUAAUG